AUGCAGUGUACGGAGUACCCGGACUGUCUGGUUUGUUGUUGCGAUCGCAAGAACAAGUUUGACAUAUUCGUGGACGGCGUGCUCCUCCAUUCAAGAUUGGAUCACGGUCACGGCUUCCUUGGCGUCGUUGGUGGUGGCAAUCGCGUGAACGAAGCUAUGACGUGUCGACAGGCCUCACUUCGACAAGCUAUUGCCGACAUUAUCAAGGGCAAGAAACCCACCAUUGAGAACGAGGUCGAAGUGGAGUUCAAGGCGAGCAUGAAGGUUCAGGACAGGAUGCUGGAAGAAAGCAUAGCUGCUCAGCAAGCCAAAACAAAUGCAGAAAAGCAGGCACAUGAAAUUGCAAAGGCCGGGCAUGCCGCAGCAGUGCAAGCCAAGAAGACGAAGUCAACAAGCAAGCCAAAACAUAAGCCCAAGGACGAAGCGAGUGAGCUUAUGGCAAUUAGACAGCAGCGGCAACCUCGGCACCAUGCGCGGCCAGUUGAAACUGCGGCUUUUAGGGGUUUCCCAUGUUUUUUUGGCGCGUGCUGCUGUAAGAACUCGGAGGUUACUACAGGCGACGCCAGUUGCGAAAGCGAUGAUACGCCCUUGCGAGUUCUAUGA